AUGAGCUUCGUCACUCGCCGGGCGCUUUCGACGCUCAUCCCGCCCAAGGUCGCUUCACCGAAGGCCAUUGGCGCUGCCCCCGACGCUGUCCGCAUGCAGCGUGUCGUUAGCUUCUACGAGAAGCUCCCCCGCGGCGCCGCCCCCGAGGUCAAGCCCACGGGCAUUCUCGGCAAAUACCAGGCGAAGCACUUUGGCAAGAACGCCUCCGGAAAGCCCGUCGUCCACGCCAUCGUCUUUCUCCUAAUUGUCGGUUAUGCGCAGAACUACUACUUCCAUCUCCGCCACCACAAGAACAACGCCCACUAA